CUGCUUAGGCAGUGGCCAAAUCAUGAUCAGUACCAUGGGCGAUCCCUCUGGCAAUGGCAAGGGUGGUUUUGUGUUGUUGGAUGGCGAGACUUUCGAAGUCAUUGGCAACUGGGAGCAGCCAGGUGAAGCAGCACCAUUUGGUUAUGACUUCUGGUACCAGCCUCGCCACAACGUCAUGAUCAGCACUGAGUGGGGAGCUCCAAAAGCAUUGGGAAAUGGCUUCAACCCUGCAGAUGUCAAAACUGGUCAUUAUGGACAGCGCCUCCAUGUGUGGGACUGGACCACACACAAGCGGAUACAGACUCUGGAUCUGGGGGAAGAGGGUGCUGUUCCUCUGGAGAUCCGAUUCCUGCACGACCCUGCUGCGGCUGAAGGAUUCGUGGGCUGUGCGCUUCAGAGCACCGUCUUCCGCUUCUACAAGACUCUGAAAGGGGACUGGGCAGCAGAGAAAGUGAUCCAAAUUCCAAGCAAAAAGGUGGAAGGUUGGGCUCUUCCUGAAAUGCCAG